AUGUUGGUGCUAGGGGCACAUUUUAUCCGGUCCCGAGGUCUCUUCAACCAACCCGAGCCUGUGUUUGCGGCUAAUCACGCAUAUCCGCCCGCGCCGCUGAAGCUUUCAGCGGCAUCGCUGAGUGAGUUGCUUCCCGCCCGGCGGCCGUGGCGCUGGUUCCGUCCGGCGGCCGCUAGGGCGCGCGCGGGCGCCUUUGCGGCCACGCGUUCGCCGGCACGUAUAACCACGCUGCUCGGGCGACGGCUUAUUGCAACCCGACGCGUCAGCGGUGAAACUCCGCCCCGCCCGCCCCGCCCGCCCCCGCCACCGCCGUCGACGUCGUCGCAGCCGCUCGCUAUAUCCGCGCACCCGCCCCGCGCGCGCCCUACUCCGCGCCGACCGACCGCCGAUCCGCUCCGCGCUCUCAGCAGUCGCCCCGCAGCAGCCGGACCCGCGCACCGCAUCGCCCCUCGACACCUCCUUCUCCGUCGAAGUUGGGACUCGCGCCAGAGGUCGCGGCGUCUUUCAGUUGCUCUUGGUGAAUCGCUGGACGUUUCGUUACGUCUCUUGUGUAUUUAUAUCCGGAAGAACAAGGAGCAGGUGCAGGAGAAAGCAUAG